GAUUCCACGGCACUGCCUAACCCAAUACUCAAAAAGGAAUUAGUUUCCUGUCUCUUCUUCCUCUCUGAUACAAUCCAAAACAGCCGUCGGCCCGUCGGAUUUUCUGUGAAGGCAUAAUGGAUGCAAGAGUUGGGCUCUUAUUCCUUUUUGUGUUGGGUGCUGCCUUGGUUGGUGAUGCAAGACAACUAGCAGCCACUGAGUUGUCCACUAGGAGUGUUUUGAUCUCUCAUAUAUCAGGGGCAAUUCAAGCUUCAGAAAAGGUUGCUCGCGAUGACAACGUGUGCUCCUUCUGUGAGGAAUAUGCUACCGAGGCACUUGAUUAUCUUAGCAAGAAUAAGACCCAGACUGAGAUCACUGAAGCUCUUUACUUGAGUUGCUCUCGUUUACGUCCUUUUAAGAAGGAGUGCAUUACUUUGGUAGACUACUAUGUUCCUCUCUUCUUCAAAGAAGUCUCCUCCAUACAGCCUGAACAAAUCUGUGAAACUGUCAACCUUUGUGAAAAGGUUGUACUUAUUGCUUCACAACUCCGUCAAGAUAGCUGUGACAUGUGCCACCAUGCUGUUUCCGAAUUAGAAAUCAAGCUGAAGGACCCAGACACCGAGCUAGAGAUAAUUGAGCUGCUUUUGAAGGCAUGCAAUUCCAUGGAGAACAAUAACAUUGUGAAAAAGUGUAAGAGGAUGGUAUUCACAUAUGGACCUCUGAUCCUUACAAAUGCAGAACAGUUUCUUGAGACAAAUGACGUCUGCACCAUGCUUCAUGCCUGUAAUGGAGCUCAGCAAGCAUCACUGGUAGACACAUAAUUGUAGCACCAAACAAUUAUGAACCUUGGUGGCAUGGUUUUCAUAGUAUAUACAGAUGCUUGGACUUCCAGGUGUGCAUAUGUAAGAAAAAUCUAAAAUUCUGCUGUGUAAGAUAUAAUUUACUUCAAUUCAAUUAUUUCAAGUUUGUGCAAUCCAGAGAUGUAAUAGCCCGACGUGUUUGGAAGUCCCAGUUUUAUCUUGACCACUUUGAUUCUUUUUAAGCUUGUAUGCAUAUAUGUAUUGGUUUGCCAUAUUUGAGGAACUAGACCUUAAUCAAACAAACUGUUUAUG